CUGAGCUGCAUAGUUGCACCUGCGCAGCACUUGGCGGGUGUGUGCGUGUUUGUGCUUGAAGAGAAAAGCGACACAAUGGACAAGUUGGUGCAUUCCAAAAUGGAAACAUUACGAAGGACAGGAAGGUAGACCAUUCAUCCAUCCAUCCAUCGUUCUUCCUCCAACUCUAUGACUACUACCGGGAGGAAUCGCUCUUCUGAACAUCACCAGUUUUGGCAAUUCUUUACAGCUCCUCCCUCACUUCCCUCAAGUUCAGUAUGUACCAAAUUGUGGCCCCAGGGGAGCAGCACCUGUCCGAUGGGAGCGGGGGCUCCCCGCUAAAAAAGCCAGGAACUCGGGAAGCUCGGCCCCUGGUCAUUGCGAGUGUUCUGGGCUGUGUGUUGGUUCUGGCCGCCGUGGUGGCCUGGUGCUACUACUCGGCAUCUCUGCGCAAAGCCCAGCUCCUGAAGACAGAGCUGCUGGACCUCAACAAGGAUGGUUUUGUCAUCCGAAACCAAGCAGGCGCUAUUAUAUUUACAAUGACUUUCAGGUCCGCCGCACUUGAUUUAAACUCCUGCUCCCAUGAGGAAAAUAUGCUAAGCUGCACCCAAUCAGAUGCUGGCAAGAUCAACUUUUUCAUCCACACGGUGCGACUGAAGGACACGGUGAUGUGCUACCGCGUGCGCUGGGAGCCUCUGCAAUAUAAGCACACAGUGGAACACGCCAUGGCUUGUAAUGGCUCUCACUGGUACGGAGGGGCAGAAUCGGCCACCCAGCACUGGCCGAUCAGCAUCGAGGGCGAACAGGAACCGCAGCCUUUCAUCACCAGCGACGUCUACUCAAACCGGAAUGCUUUUGGAGGGAUUCUAGAACGCUACUGGCUCUCGUCCAAUGCGGUGACCAUCAAGAUCAACGAUUCUGUACCGUUUCAUAUGGGCUGGUCUGAGAAGGACAUGACGCUUCACUUCCAAGCCCGAUACCAAGAUUCUCCAUUCAAACCACCAGAGGGAGAGCAAGCCUCACCACAACUCAGCUACAGAGUGUGCGUGGGCUCGGAUGUUACUUCAAUUCAUAAAUACAUGGUGCGUCGCUAUUUCCCAAAGCCUGUCAAGGUUCCUUCUGAUGAGGUGUUCAAGCACCCGGUGUGGUCCACUUGGGCUCUGUACAAGACGUCUGUCAGCCAAGAGAAGUUGCUGCAUUAUGCCUCCGACAUCAUCAAACACGGCUUCACCUGCUCCCACCUGGAGCUCGACGACCGCUACACCGCCGACUACGGCGAGUUUGACUUUGACCCGCAGAAGUUUCCCAACGCCAGCGCUAUGUUCGACACGCUCAGAGAGGAUGGCUUUCGAGUGACGCUCUGGACUCACCCCUUUAUCAACUACGACUCCAUCAACUUUGACGUCGCAAUCCAGAAAGGAUUGUUUGUGCGCGAGCCCGGCGGUGAGCUCCCAGCUCUGGUUCGCUGGUGGAACGGCAUUGGCGGAAUCUUGGACUUUACCAACCCAGAUGCCCGCGACUGGUACUCGGUCCAACUGAGCAAGCUCAAAGCACACUACGGUGUGACCUCCUUUAAGUUUGAUGCUGGGGAGACAAGCUAUCUACCUCAACAGUUUAGCACCGUCAUCCCUCUGACGGACCCCUCCACCUUCACCCGCCGCUACACAGAGAUGGCCAUCCCGUUUAGCGAGCGGGCCGAGCUGAGGGUGGGCUACCAGAGUCAGAAUAUCUCCUGUUUCUACAGGAUCAUUGAUAGGGACUCGGUGUGGGGUUAUGAGCUCGGCCUCAAGUCCAUCAUUCCCACGGUCCUCACCAUCAGCAUCCUGGGCUACCAGUUUGUCCUGCCCGAUAUGAUCGGCGGGAAUGCGUACCCUGAACACAUGACAGGAGGCUUAAAAAACGGGUCAGAGCUGCCUGACCGAGAGCUGUACAUCAGGUGGUUGGAGCUGUCUGCGUUCAUGCCUGCGAUGCAAUUUUCCAUCCCACCAUGGUACUAUGACGACGAAGUUGUGGAAAUAGCGCAAAAGUUCACCAAACUCCACGAGUCCCUGGUGGCCCCCAGGGUUUUGGAGUUAGCCCACGAGGUGCUUAACACAGGCGAUCCCAUCAUCAGGCCCAUCUGGUGGAUCGCCAACGACGACGAGGCGGCUUAUAAGGUCGACUCCCAGUUCCUGAUUGGGGAUGACCUGAUGGUGGCUCCGGUGGUGGAAGCAGGCAAACAAGAACGGGACAUCUACUUGCCUGCGGGAAGGUGGAGAAGCUACAAGGGGGAACAUUUUGUUAAUGGCCCCAAGUACCUCACGGACUACCCCGUUGACUUGGACGAGAUUGCCUACUUUACAUGGGUUCACUGAACUCAUCCAAACAUUAGGACGGGUUCCUCCCAUGCUAUUUCCAGGUACCAAUGGUCAUAAACACACGUGCCAAAUAAUAGCAACGAAUUAUAUUUAAAGGGAACAUGACUGCGCUGUCAGCGACACGGCAUCUGGAAGAUAGUGCUUUUACUAUUUCGUCACUUUCUUAUAACAAAUAGCAUAUUUGGACGGCCCGCCCUAAAAACCCCCCAAAAAAAAAAUUGCCAUCAUGAUGCUGGCCACACCACACAGCUUGAAGCCUUUUUAAGUUCACGUCCACCAUGUAAGCCCUCGUAUCUAAAGUUUGAGCUUGAUGGUAAAAAUUGUCUGAACGAUUACUCGAAAAACUCAUUUGUAUCUCAAGGCACCUCUGUGUUUUAUUUACAAAAUCUAAUAAGAACAUUACCCCCAAAUUUUUUAUUAUUAUCUGGAGAAAAUUACAAAAAAACAUGCAAUGUCUUGUCAAGUCUCAAAUGAGCAAAAGUUCAUAUUGUUCUUUAACGAAACAACGCAAAACUAAUGUUUUAAUUAUGGCACUGUUUUGUUUGGUGACCAUCCGUCCUCAGUUGGAUUGCAGUCACAAGGCAUCAGAACGUCAUGGCUGCUCCACGUCAUUUUGUCGAAGAUCACGCCUCGCACCAAUCUACACUCCAUUAGCACUGCUGCCUGCAAAUCUCAGCCAAAGACUGCGAAUGAAUUUCAAUUGUAUUGUUCCAGCCUUUUCUCAUGUGCCUUCCAGACAGUAGUAAACGAUCUCGCUUCCAUUCCACACUGUCCUCCUUAGAUGCUAAUGUACCGUGCUAAAAGCUAAACCAAUUUGUGUCUUUAUCAUCAGUGUUGGCCACUGAACAAGUAAUAAGAAGGAAGUAUGGAUUUUGGUUUAUAAUGUUAUAUGGGCCCUAUAGGUAGUUCUGCAAUUUUUAAAAAUUCCUCAUUUUUUUUGUUUUGCAAACCCCCAAGCUGUGACCUUAUUUUGCGAACCACUGCACUAACGUUCCUUCAUGAACAUUCCAUCACCAGUGGUGCCAUUUCUUAUUUUUCACACCCUUUUGCUUGUGACUGAAGAAUGGCAUGAGUUGGUAGUUUUAAAAUGAUGCGAUUGUCACCUGUUAGUUACAUGUCUGAUGCUGUCGCGUGCCAAAACGGAAUCUUUAUCACACACUAAAAAAAUGUUUGUUUUCUGAACCCGCUCACUGGUAGGUGAGUAUUUUUAGCAGAUUGGGCUAAUUUGAGUUAUGAGUUCUAGCUAGGGUGGCAGUGAACUUAACAAUGAGCAGCAGUUUGGCAGAUCAUUAACAAUUCUUACUUCAAUUCAAUUCCCUGUCUAUUACCAGUCCUAAUUCAUGCUUAGUUCAAAACAUACAUUGGUUAUUUAUUGAAACGUCCGAGUCUGCUAUGUUAAUCCUAAUGUAAAACCAUACACAGGCUCACAAAACUUGCACUGUCUAGGUAAUUUUACACUGCUUAUGUCAGAACACAGACAUAUAUUCUUUAUCCUCUAACAUGAUAACGCACACCAGAAUGACCAACAUAAUGGAUUAAAGCAUGAAUGCACCAAGCGUUUCAUUGUUUGUGUUCUAUUUAAUUGUUAUUGCUAUUUGUGAAAUGAAAUACAAUACUGUAGAUGUUGAUUUUUUUUUUUUUUUUUUUUUUACAAUAGUAAAGAUUUACAACAAUGUUUGAUGUUUCACAUGGGCUAGCACGGUGCCUGCGGGGUAAGAGUGAGGGGAGUGAGAUAAUUUUUUGUGCAACUAAUAGUUUAUUUGAAAUGGGAAAUUGCACGUUUGAAAACAGACUCCUGUUUGUGCUGCUUUUUUAUUGUCCGUGCCUUACCGUGCGGGUCUGCGCUCAGUGAAUACUCAUGCACAUAAGAAUAAAAAAACAAAUUGCUCAA